AUGUUUGACAACACCCAGUACCCCUAUAACUGCUUUAAUUAUGAUGGGGAUGACUACCCAACCUGCAGUUCCGAUGAAGAGAAAAGAUUCACCAGACCAGCAUACAGCUACAUUGCUUUGAUCGCAAUGGCCAUUCAGCAGAGCCCUUCCCACAAAGUGACCCUGUCCGGCAUUUACGACUUCAUCAUGAAGAAAUUCCCUUACUACCGAACGAACCAACGGGCCUGGCAGAACUCGAUCCGUCACAACCUUUCUCUGAACAGCUGCUUCGUCAAGGUACCCCGAACAGAAGGCAAUGACAAAGGAAAAGGAAAUUAUUGGAGCUUUGCAUCAGGAUGUGAAUCCAUGCUGGAUCUGUUUGAAAAUGGGAAUUACAGGCGGAGGAGGAGGAGGAGGAAUGUGAAGAGGGAACCCAGAGAAAAACGGUCCAACGGAGAGAGCAAUCGCCUGCCCGUGCUGUCCCCGGUGGAUUCUGGCUUCCCCGGCAUCUCCUGUCCUGGUGAGAGAAUGGAAUCUCAACCUAAACCUUUGGAACCUCGCGAGCUUUUUCCAAAUGCCGCCGCCAGCCGCCAGAGUCUAAACAGCUCCUCUGUAGGAAAAUCUGACUCCGAAAUUAAAUUUAGCAUUGAUUACAUUCUCUCCUCCCCAGACCCUCUGCCUGUCCUGAGGUCUCCGUAUCAUGCGCAAGAUAAUAAAUACCACCUCUUGGAUUCUCAGCAAAUUAACCUUCAGUUUUGGACAAUGUGA